GGGCGGGACAACAUGGCGGCGCUCGGUGUGCAGCUUCCGUGACCUGUGGCCGCGCGUCUGUGUUUGUAGCUGAGCUGGGGUGGGCGCGGGCACCUCCGCGGGGCAGCAGCCGGAGAGGGAGCCAUGGGGACAGUGCACGCCCGGAGCCUGGAGCCCCUCCCAUCGAGUGGAACUGACUUUGGAGCACUGGGAGAGGAAGCUGAGUUUGUGGAAGUUGAACCUGAAGCAAAACAGGAAAUCCUGGAAAACAAAGAUGUGGUGGUUCAGCAUGUUCAUUUUGAUGGACUUGGACGGACUAAGGACGACAUCAUCAUUUGUGAAAUUGGAGAUGUUUUUAAGGCCAAAAACCUCAUUGAGGUAAUGCGGCGAUCUCAUGAAGCCCGGGAAAAACUGCUUCGCCUAGGAAUUUUUAGACAAGUCGAUGUUUUGAUCGACACAUGUCAUGGUGAAGAUGCCCUUCCAAAUGGCUUAGAUGUCACGUUUGAAGUGACGGAGCUGAGAAGACUGACAGGCAGUUACAACACCAUGGUUGGAAACAACGAAGGCAGUAUGGUACUCGGCCUCAAACUCCCCAACCUUCUGGGACGUGCAGAAAAAGUGACUUUCCAGUUUUCUUAUGGAACCAAAGAAACUUCCUACGGCCUGUCCUUCUUCAAGCCACAGCCUGGAAACUUCGAGAGAAACUUCUCCGUAAACUUAUAUAAAGUUACUGGGCAGUUCCCGUGGAGCUCACUUCGGGAGACUGACAGAGGAGUGUCUGCUGAGUACAGUUUCCCCCUGUGGAAGACCAGUCACACCGUCAAGUGGGAGGGCGUGUGGCGGGAGCUGGGCUGCCUCUCGAGGACUGCAUCCUUCGCUGUGCGGAAGGAAAGUGGACAUUCACUGAAGUCGUCUCUCUCGCACGCCAUGGUCAUCGACUCUCGGAAUUCAUCUAUCUUGCCAAGAAGAGGGGCCUUGCUCAAAGUCAACCAGGAACUGGCAGGCUACACUGGAGGGGAUGUGAGCUUCAUCAAGGAAGACUUCGAGCUUCAGCUGAACAAGCCUCUCGCGUUGGAUUCGGUAUUCUCCACGUCUCUCUGGGGUGGAAUGCUGGUGCCCAUCGGUGACAAGCCGUCCAGCAUUGCCGACAGGUUUUACCUGGGAGGCCCCACGAGUGUCCGAGGAUUUAGCAUGCACAGCAUUGGACCCCAGAGCGAAGGUGAUUACCUGGGCGGGGAGGCCUAUUGGGCCGGGGGCCUGCACCUCUACACCCCACUGCCCUUCCGGCCAGGCCAGGGUGGCUUCGGAGAGCUUUUCAGAACUCACUUUUUCCUCAAUGCGGGCAACCUAUGCAAUCUCAACUACGGUGAGGGCCCCAGAGCCCAUAUCCGGAAGCUAGCGGAAUGCAUCCGCUGGUCCUAUGGAGCAGGCAUCGUCCUCCGACUUGGUAACAUCGCUCGUCUGGAGCUGAACUACUGCAUUCCUAUGGGCGUGCAGCGGGGCGACAGGAUUUGUGAUGGCGUCCAGUUUGGAGCUGGGAUUCGGUUCCUGUAACUUGAGUCCCAGGGGCAGCUUAGACAAGCAACGGGAGUCUUCCAGGCUCCAUGCCUGUUUGGAGGUGACACAGUUGAGCACUUCUGAGUCGUAAUCCUUAUGGGAAACCAUGUCAAUAAAUUUUUAAACCCUCA